UUCACCCACAUCAUUCUCCUUGAAGAGACGUAGUGUGCGUCAGCAUGUCUUACGAAGUAUCCUCAGUCUCGGAAUUCACAUACCAGCAGAUGCAUCUUAUCGCACAGGCCCGGGGCACGGAAGGUGUUCACGUUAUCUAUCAGAAUGGGUUCAAGAAUGAGCCGAGGAAGGAUGAACGAGUGAUGUACCCAAGUGGACCGUCCGUUGAUGUCAGGAUGGUACAUGUGCUCCACUACACGAUCGAUAGGUCUGGACAGAAGUUUCGUAUUGAGAGACCGGACAAAACAGAAUUCCUGGAAUAUGCAGCCAACAUAACUGAGAAAAUAUCUACAAGGCUACCAGCAGAAAGAAAACUUACUUUCUCGGGAACUUCCCGUAAUGACCGUACGAAAACGUUUACCCACGUGUCUAACACAAGAAUCUUACCAGGCUUGCACGUGCUCCAACUUGACAUUUACGCGUCCGGCAAAUUGAUGGUUCAGCUUGAUGGCAACGAUUGCUUCUCACAACCAAUGGGAACGAGUAAGUUUACGGUGGCAGAGUUGAAGGAGUUCCGCUACCACGGAUUUGAGCUAAAUAUGCCACGUCCUUCCACGACCCUAAUGGAAGUGCACGUGAUCAAAGCUGAGCAGUCCAAGGCGUCGGUAUUCAAUCACGGGCAACAGUUCACUACACCUACGAUAGGAUUAAGUCCAGGAGCCUAUAUAAUGUGGGACGGCAAAGUCGAGACCGACGAUGCCGUCACCAUCAAAGAUGGCACAACGCAGCUGUUCCAGCAUCAGGGAAAGACCAUCAGUUUGCGCGUCGUGAUGAAAGUGGGUCACGGCCGCAUCCUAAUUGGCGAAGACGGCAAACCUCCAAAUAAACACCAAAUGGACACCUACAACGUAACGACCGCACCCAUGAAAAUUUCCAACAUAGAAGUGAGCGAGCCGUUCAAGCUGAAGAACUGCGUUGUGCAGUCGGGAGUGCUUGGACGACCGUGGUGAACCAGGUGUGACCAUAAACAUGGAUAUGAACACUUCGCUUGGACCACACACUGAUACCACACGUGGUGCACGGGGUCUUAGGGGAGAGGUACUUAUUCCUGGAUACGGUAAUUGUGGUAUUAGCGUUGAUACCAGAGGUAAAUAUUAAAACAAUCAUAUACGUCAUCAACACACAAAUGUUUAGAAACCGGAGUCCAGCCAAUUUUAUUUGUGGUUUUAAUAAAGUUCUAAGCA